CUUUUGUUGCUUUCUGCCAAAUGGAGGGUCCUUAGCUUCCUCUUCCUCUUCCUCUCGCUCCCCCUUCUUCUUUGCUUUCUCUCUCUAGUAAGCUCUCUUUACUCUCUCUGCAAAAUCAACCGUCGGAAAAUCGAUCCUCUUCUUCUUUUUCGUGUUCUCCAGUUUUGAUCUGCGAAUCUACUCAGGCUGCAAACGAUCAGGGUUAAACGUCUCUGAAUUCUGAUGUCUCCGCCACUACUUGGCGUGGAGGACGAUGGGCCAGGUCAGAGCAAUGUUACUUUACUUGCUUCUUCAGGUUCCAUUGAUAGUGUGUGCCAGAAUAGUGCUGAACUGAAGGAACGUAACUACAUGGGCUUGUCUGAUUGCUCUUCAGUGGACAGCUCAGUGCCAUCUCCUACGCCUGAUGAUAGAAAGGCUAGCCUAAAUCUGAAGGCAACUGAGCUCAGGCUUGGGCUUCCUGGAUCUCAAUCUCCUGGCAGAAAUAAGGAGCUUUGCCUGAUAAGCUCUGCGCAACUUGAUGAGAAGCCUCUUUUCCCUUUGCAUCCUUCAAGUGAUGGUCACUGCUCUUCAUCACAGAAGACUGUUGUUUCAGGCAACAAGAGAGGAUUUUCUGAUGCAAUGGACGGGUUCUCAGAGGGAAAAUUUCUUUCCAAUUCAGAAGUAAAUGCCAUGCUGUCGCCAAGGCCAACAUCGAACUUGGGCCUGAAACCAGGUUCUGGGCUUGAAAACCUUGGGGCUCAACCAACUGAAGCGAAAGAGAUGGCAACUCAAAAGGUUUUAGACAGGCCUCAUGCCACCAAUGAAACCAGGCCUAAUCAUAAUGGUUCCACAAACAACAAUAGUGGUGCACCUGCUACCAAGGCACAGGUCGUGGGUUGGCCCCCAAUCAGAUCAUUUCGGAAGAACACAUUGGCCACCACUUCAAAGAAUGUUGACGAGGUAGAUGGAAAGGCAGGGCCCGGUGUUCUCUUUGUGAAAGUCAGUAUGGAUGGUGCUCCUUAUUUGAGAAAAGUAGACUUGAAAAACUACUCUAAAUAUCAGGACCUUUCUUCUGCCCUUGAGAAGAUGUUCAGUUGUUUUACCAUAGGGCAAUAUGGAUCUCAUGGUGCUCAAGGCAGGGAGGGCUUGAGUGAGAGCAAGUUGAAGGAUCUGUUGCAUGGGUCAGAAUAUGUUCUUACAUAUGAGGAUAAAGAUGGCGAUUGGAUGCUUGUUGGUGAUGUCCCAUGGGAGAUGUUUACUGAUACUUGUAAAAGGCUGAGGAUCAUGAAGAGCUCUGAUGCAAUUGGACUUGCCCCAAGGGCAGUGGAGAGAUCCAGAAACAGGAGCUAGCCUGCAUUACACAUGAUUGUUGCUAUCCAUCCAGUAACCUUUCAGGAAGGAUAAAAAAUCUCCUAAACACAAUACUUACUGAAGAACACCUUGGAUGAGAGGAUGCUGAACUGGGUAGGAGGUCAUGGCUUAUCUGUUUUAAUUAUAAAUGUCACUAUUAUCUUGUCAUUGUGAGUGAAUUUACGUUAUGCGCCUGUUACAGUCUAUUUGAAUCAUAAACCCACUAAAGCUAGUGUUUGGGAGUACCUUUAAGAUUUCCAUCAGGUAAGAGACCAGACUGAGUUCCUGUUUUCAUACAGGAUCACCAAGUUUGUAAAGUGCAUUGUUUGUCAAGCUCCCGUAUUUUGUGUGUUUCUGUGGUGAAAGACCCGCAAGUUAUUUGUAACCCCAACUUGAUUGUAUUAACUCGUUUGUGGUUGUUGUGUUUAUAAUUAUGUUUGUUGUCAACAUAUUUUGGGAGCAUUUAAUUUGCAUC